AUGUGGCUUUCUCAAAUCACAGAACAGUAUAGACUUCAAACACCAAACAUAGAUAUCCUUCUUAAACGCGUAGAUGCAGUUCCUGUGUCACUUGCACUUGCUCAAUCACUUAUUGAAGCAGAAUGGGGAACUUCUGACCCAGCGCUUUCGCGAAAUUCUGUUUUUGGAAAUACCGUUAAUGGCCGUGUGACAGGGUAUAAAAACCUUUAUGAAUGUGUUCAAUCUUAUAUUCGAAAUCUUAAUACCAAUCAUGCCUAUCGGGAGUUUCGUGCAGCUCUCCUUGAGAAACGUAGAAAAGGUGAAACAUUGUGCGGUCAUGACCUUGCAACGACGCUCACUCGAUAUUCAGAAAGAAAAACAGCCUACGUAAAACAUAUCCAAAAAGCGAUAGAGUUGAAUCGACUAAAAGACUUUGAUACAGCUCGUCUUGAACCUGUUACAACAGCCUCUAUCUAA